GCCCGCCAGCACCUGCAUCCUACAUCCUGCAUCCAUCCUGCUGCCUCGCAUCUCCUCCUCUCGCCGCCGCCCUUUUUGCCUCCUGCAAGAGCAAGCCUUUCAUUUUGCAACCUCGACCAACCUCUGGUCAAUAAAUGAGGGAGCAUAAUGCUGAACAGCAUCACCGAGGGGUUCCUCUGCUGCCUGAUGGGCAAGACAACCAACGCCGUGGGGCCUCUGGACAGCGUUGAGUCCAGCAAUGGCUACAGCUUCCUGGAGGUGAAACCAGGCAGGAUCCUGAGGGUGAGACACAGCGCUCCGAGCCGCCCAUCUGCUGAACCCCCCGAGGAACCCAGGGAUGCAGAGAGGGGCACAGUGCAUUGCAAGCGCAAGAUCACCCUGUACCGCAAUGGGCAGCUGGUGAUUGAGAACCUGGGGGACGCCGUGCGCUCUGAGAUCCUGCAUUGCUCCAAUGGAACAGCUGAACCCAGCAGCACUGUGGAGCUGGAGCUGUCUGAGCUGGCUGGCCAAGCCCCAGUGCAAAGCUCUGCUGGUACACCAGGAUGCGGCACACCAGGAUCUGGUGCAUGCAAUGCAGCGGCCGGUAAGAGACGGAAGCGCAAACCCAAGAAGGUGAUCAACAUCGACUGCAAGAAGCAGAUCACCAGCUGCAAAGGGACGCACGGCGACGUGGUCCUGUUCUUCAUCCAUGGUGUGGGAGGCUCGUUGGAUAUCUGGAAGGAGCAGCUGGACUUCUUCACCAAGCUGGGCUAUGAGGUGGUGGCUCCUGACCUGGCCGGCCAUGGCUGCAGCUCAGCCCCUCAGAUCGCUGCUGCUUACACCUUCUAUGCUCUGGCUGAGGACAUGAGGGCCGUCUUCAAGCGUUAUGCCAAGAAGAGGAACAUCCUGAUAGGGCACUCAUAUGGGGUCUCUUUCUGCACCUUCCUAGCCCACGAGUACCCUGACCUUGUGCAUAAAGUGAUCAUGAUCAAUGGAGGGGGUCCGACGGCGCUGGAGCCCAGUCUGUGCUCCAUCUUCAACAUGCCCACCUGCGUGCUGCACUGCCUGUCCCCGUGCCUGGCCUGGAGCUUCCUCAAGGCUGGUUUUGCCCGCCAGGGUGCCAAAGAGAAGCAGCUGCUGAAGGAAGGCAACGCCUUCAACGUCUCCUCCUUCGUGCUGCGUGCUAUGAUGAGCGGGCAGUACUGGCCGGAGGGUGAUGAGGUUUACCACGCCGAGCUGGCCGUACCCGUGCUGCUGGUGCAUGGCAUGCACGAUAAGUUUGUGCCAGUGGAGGAGGACCAGCGCAUGGCUGAGAUCCUGCUGAUCGCAUUCCUGAAGGUGAUCGACGAGGGCAGCCACAUGGUGAUGAUGGAGUGCCCCGAGACGGUCAACACCCUGCUCCACGAGUUCGUCCUUUGGGAGCCCGAGACGCCAAGUGGGGACGGGCAAGGAGAGAAGAAAUAAGGUGGAUGGGAUGUGGUGACCGGGCUGCUCCGAUGGGAGAGAUAUUGGGGAGCACGGAGGGGUUUGUGGGCGCACCGGGGCGCAGCCGGCACUGCCGGGCACGCAGCCGGUUUUGUUCCCGGGCCACGGGCGGGUAGAGGAGCACGGAGGCUCCCCCCGGGCACGGGUGUAUGGGGCCGGUGUUAGGAACACAGCAGACCCGGUCCUAUGGCAGCCACUGGAGCGCCUUCAUCCUGUUUUGUUGUAGUAUUGUAAUCCACACGCAGUGAUUCCUCGGGGGGGGGGCAGAGCAAGGACACUGCGGGGACACGGCUCCUGGAGCAGACAGAGCCCUGCAGGGGGUGACCCUGACACCUGGCAGCACGGAGCUGAGUUGGGAUCGCUUUAGGGGAAGCCCCGGUGGGAUUUGCCUUUUUGAAGCUGUGGUGGGGGCCGAUGAGGCCGGAGCUGAGCUCUCUUCCCCCAGUGCCACCAUUUGUGCAGUCGUGUCCCCAAACACAGCACUGCUUCAGGUCCUGCAGCUCUGGCUUCCGCUCAGCCCCCAUCCCAAUACACUGGGGCUCCUGGAGGGGCACAGUUGCUCCCCAGCCCCCAACCCUCACAUAGGGAUGGCUGCAGCCUCCCCUGACCACAACGAGCAGAGCUGUUCCCCUCUUUGUUUUCUCCCCUUAUUUCCCCCCAUUUAAACCAAAGACGCAGCCAGGCCUGAUUGCCCAAUGGAACCUCACCCAACAGCUGGGUGCAAACCCCUUCUCAUCCCCCCCCCAGACCCCCAUAACCGUGCAAUGAAGUGGAUGGGCCUCGAGGAGCUGGUGCCAGCACAGCAGUGACCACGUGUGACAAUUACCACGCGUGACCCACGCUCCCACCCCCCCUUUCCUGGCACCAACCCAUGCCCACCCAACAGCCCCCCCCCCAAAGGAUUUUAACCACCAAUACAUGGGUUCAGAUGCAUUUCCAAGCACCAACCCCAUAUGGCGGCUCUGCUCCCCUGUAACCCCAACCCAGGGUUGCAGCUCCCCCCCGUCAGGCUGCUCCGCUCGCUCCAUCGCUUGCACAAAGGCAAAACCCUGCACCGUGUCCUCGCCAUCCCGAGCAGUAAAGCCGUGUUGUACCCACAGCUGUGUCCAACUCCAUCACGGGGACGCAAAGCCGGACAGCAGGCACGGCUCUGAGCUGUUUGCAGCCAUUUACUCAUCAUCACGUAGGGGUAGAGAGAGAAAAUAAAUAGACACGUUCUCGC